GGUGUUUUCGGAAGGAGAGGCUGAGAAUAAAACCUCGCAGUGGGGGCUCUCUCCCUCUCCCUGGGCCGUCAUGGAGUGGAACGGCUCCCUGCCCCACACACUGUCAGACAGCAACUUAAUCAAAGCGGUCAAACUGCGGGGUGCAAUUAGCGAAGACAUAGUGAGACCGACCAGCGGCAAACUGCUCCAUCACCUGAAGAGCCUGCAUGAGUAUACGCUGCAGUUAUAUAGCACCAAAGGAUACCAGCGGAGAUUCCGGAGGAGCCUGGAGCAGGCGCUGUUCGAUGAGGAGGUUUGUCAGACUCUCCAAGAAGCCCGGGUCCUGAACUGGAGCAGGGAGGUCAGGAGGCAGUUUCCACUCAAAGUCCCUGGAGAAGGGAACAGUCUCUUACAUUCUGUCUCUCUAUACAUGUGGGGUGUUCAGGAUACAGACCUUGUCCUGCAGAAAAUUUUCCAUGAGGCAUUGGUGAAAACCCAUGAUACAAACUUCAAAUUACGAUUACAGACAGAAUACAGAAAAGACCAGAGAUUUUUCGAUCCAGAUUUGCUCCAUCACCAAAAGAUCUGGGAUCAAGAAUGGCAGAAUGUGAUUGAAUCAUCCAAUCCGGCGACUCCUGCAAGCCAUUCUUUUGCAAACAUUUAUCAGGAUGUCCACAUCUUUGUGUUAGCGAACAUUAUCAGGAGGCCCAUAGUUGUUAUAGGAAAAUCAGAAGGAAGAUCCAAAAGUAUUUCAGAGACAAUGAUGCCUAGUCCAGCUGGGAUUUACCUGCCCUUACACUGGCCACCCCAUCGCUGCUAUGCUUCCCCCAUUUUACUUGGCUACGCGCGCCAAUAUUUCACACCCCUCAUCAGUGUGAAUGAUGUAGGACCAGAAAUCAAUGCUUUUCCCCUGGUCAUACCAAGUGAGAACGUCAGUGUGGAGUUACCAAUUCGCUUUCUGCUUGAUGCUGAAAAAUGUGACAGGAAGCAGUUACUGAGACGUUAUCUGAUCGGUGUUCCUGUGCCGGAUUGUCAUGGUAUAGCAUUUGUAGAUGCAGCCCGGUUGCACAUAAAUCCUUUGCCUGACGAUCUUAACUUGGUUCAAGAUUAUUUCCAACUGGUUAAUCACCAGUACAAAUUCAGUCAGCAAAACACAGAUAAAGAAAGAAGUGGGAGAAUUGAGGAUGAACUUGCUUUUCUCUCCAAUCUGUCUAUUGUGGGAGACAAAUGUUUAACUCCUGGAUGCACAUACUUUUGCUCAAAAUUCACACAGCCAUUCUGUCACACGUGUCAUGAUGCCUUCCAAAAAGACGAUGUCUCUUGGGGGGCCAACAAUUGUAAACAAAGUGGCGUCCAAGGAGAUGAUGUGAAGGAGUCGGAGUCCGAAGGUCCAACAAUCUUUGGAUUACAAGACAGCAGGAAAACCCCAUCAACUCUGCCCAAAACGGCAGCACUAUCGUCAUCAGAUAAUUGCAUCUGCGGUGAGACCAAUGCCCUCAAAUGCAAAACUGCUCAUUGUCCAUUCACUGGAAAUGGAAUAAUGAAUGGAUUUUGCCCAAGUUGCUUCCAAGGAAGAAGUGGCCACGUUCCAGAGGGCGGCAGUAACUCUGGUCCACAUUUUCCAAAAGUGGCAGAUGAAUUUGUGGAGCAGGGGAUGGAUUUGUGGGGACAAAGUUGCAACAGUUGCAAACUAGUGAUAAGAACAUUCAAUGGUUUGUGUUUCUCUUGUUCAGAAAUGAGGGAUUCACUCUCAAAGUCACUGACCAGAACCAAGCAACUUCCUUUAGGGUCACCACAAGCUGCCACAGCCAUGAGUGGCAGGUAUAGACCCCUCCUUCACCAGGAGCAGAGACUAAAGUUCAGUCAGCUGAAUGAAUCUGCAAAAUGCAGAAAUCCAAACUGCCAGUACUUCGGGACUACAGAACAGAACGGGCUCUGUACUGCAUGUUUCAUUAGAUGUAUGGAAGAAAUUGGAAUAUCUGCUGAGCAGGAUCCAAACCAGCGUGUCAAUCAUUCUCCAACUUCUCCCAAUGAGAACCUUGCUCAGAUUUCAUCCCACCUUAAAAACAUGUCAGUUUGUUCUCACGCUGAGUGUAGCAUGCUUGCCAAUCCAGUGUACAGUGGAUAUUGUGAAAAAUGCUAUGUUAAUGCACAGAGUAAGCAUUCACAAAGGAUCAAGCCUGGCAAUGAAGUUCCUGCAGAUCAACACACUUGGAGCCCUGUGGUGCCGAAGUGUCUCAAUUAUAACGCAUCGAAUGUUCAGGGAUUAUCUAACAGAACGACCAACAAACUCUUUGAGGUGGAGCUAGUGAUGAGCAGCAACAGCAGUGAUGGUGGUUGUUUGCAGUCCUCUCGGAUUGGCACUUUCUCAUCAUCAGAUCAACAGCACCUGGAGUCAAAAAGAAAUCCUUGUAGAACUCGGGACUGUGUGCACUUUGGGAAUGCAAAAUGUGAUGGAUACUGUAAUGCUUGUUUCACUACUUUACAGAUGCAUAGAAAGUAGAUAUUCUGGGACAACAGACAGGGGAUACCAGCUGAUUUUUGUCCUCUCCCCAGUUGAUCAUUGCCAAUUUUCUCAUUGUCAUGCAGUCCAUAUCACAGUUGAGCAUCUAGCAAAAGACCAAUUUCUUUCAGAAAAAACAAAGCUGGAAAAAUAGUUUACAAUUUAUUUAAAAUUCAAAGUACAUGGGAUUGAGGACAGUGACGUAGAAAGAGAACUGGUCAGCAGACAGGAAUCAGAGUAGGAAUAAAUGGGUCAAUUUUCUGAGUGAAGUUUUUCAUUUUUCUGAGCUGAUGAUUAGUGGGGUACUGCAGGGAUUGGUGCUUCAACCCAGCUGUUCACAAUCUAUAUAUUAAUUAUUUGGAUGAGGGAACUAAAUGUUAAAUCUCCAAGUUUGCAGACAGCACAAAGCUAGGUGAAAGUGUGUAUCACAAGAGGGAUACAAAGAUGCUUCAGUGUGAUUUGGGCAAAUUAUGAGUUAGGUAAAUGCAUAGCAGAUUAAGUAUAAAGUGGAUAAGUGUAAGGUUACCACUUAAGUCAUAGCAAUAAAAAAGCAGAUUAACCCCUGAAUGCUAGUAGAUUGGGAAAGUGGGAGGUGCAAUGAGAUGUGGGUGUCCUUGUGCACCAGUUGCUAGUGGUAAGCAUCAGGAGCAGCAGGUAAUAAAGGAGCUAAGUUCUCUGUUGGGCUUCGUAGUGAGAGAAUUUGAGUACAGGAGUAGCAAUGUCUUGCUACAAUUGUACUAGGCCUUGGUGAGACCAGGUCUGAAGAAGGGUCUAGGCCUGAAACAUCAGCCUUUCUGCUCCUCUGAUGCUGCUUGGCCUACUGUUCAUCCAGCUCCACACUGUGUUAUCCCUGGAGUAUUGUGUGCAGUUUUAGUUUCCUUAUCAGAGAAAGAAUGUUCUUGGGGUGGCAGGACUGAUGUAUGCAGAGAGGCUGAUGCAGUUAAGACUGGAUUUUAGGAGAAUUAGGGUGGGCAGCUAUGACCAUAAUUGAAUGGCAGAGCAUGCUCAAAGGAUUGAAUGACCAACUCCUAGUUUCCAAGUUUCUAGUUUACUGCUGGCCUGUUAACCCAGAGACAUGGACAGUUCUGGCCGCCCAGAUUAAAAUCCUGCCAUGGCAGAUGGUCGAAAUUCAUUUCAAUAAAACAAAAUCUGGAAUUAAGUAUCUAUUGAUGACCAUGAACCCAGUGUCAAGUGUCAGGGGGGAGAAAAAGCAAUCUAGUUCAGUCAUGUCCUUUAGGGAAGGAAACUGCCACCCCCACCCAGUCUGAUCUACAUGUGACUCCAGACCCACAGCAAUGUGGUUGACUAUGAACAGUCCACAGGGAAAUUAGAAAUAGGCUAUAAAUGCUGCCAAGCCAGCGAUGCACUCAUCCUGUGAAUGAAUUUUUAAAAGUUUCACAAUAUUUGCAAGGCUGGACAAAGAAAACUAACUGGAUUCUGGUCCCUUUUUUUGAGCAAUAGUUUGUUUAAAUUUCUGUAUGUACUUCCUUUUGUUAAGUAGAUGAUUAUACAUUGAUAGAAACAACAAAAACAGGGAUGUGAGAUAACAAGGCGUAGAGCUGAAUGAACACAGCAGGCCAAGCAGGAAAGCUGACGUUUUGUGUCUAGACCCUUCAGAAAAGUGAUCUGUUUUAGCACAGUAAAGUGUAACUUUAACACAGUAGAUUUCUUCCCUUUGAAAGUGGUGACUAGGUGUGAGAAAUGACACGAGAGGUUAGCUCACUCUCUGGUUUUUACUGUUGCCCCCAGAGGAAGUCAUCUGACCCUAGACAGUCAUUUCCAGGCAGCACAGCAUCAAGCAGGACCUGACGGUGUGAUGACUCAUUGAGAGAAACCUGUUUCUGACCAUUGUUGGAGAGAACGCACCACUGUAAUCCCCUGCAUUUGUUCUAGCAAAUUAACGAUGAGGAUACAAUGCUUUCCAAACUUAAAAAGUGGAAAUUGUUUGCAAACACAUAUUUUAGGCACAAGAUUCUCGCAGAAUGUAAUAAAUAGAGAAUUGUUCUUUUUGAUACAUGUCGUAAACUUUUCAGAAAUUAUAACCAAUGCAAGGGAACACAGGAAUAAUAUAGAAAAUUGAAGUUGAGAAUUAGUGAGUGGAGCCAGGAAUCUCUGCCCUCUCGGGUAAAGGUGUUGCACUGAAGGAUCCAGUUCAAAAGGUUACAGAUCAGCCAAGUGCACAGAAAGAACAAUAACAUAGAAUCCCUACAGUGUGGAAGCCAUUCGGCCCAUUGAGUUCACACUGACCCCUGAAGAGCAUCCCUCCCAGACAAACACCCCACCCUUUUCCAUAACUCUGUAUUUCCCAUGGCUCAUCCACCUAGCCUGCACAUCUUAGACACUACGGACAAUUUACCAUGGCCAAUCCAUCUAACCUCCAUGUCCCUGGACAGUGGGUGGAAGCUCGAGUACUUGGAGGAAGCCCACACGGAUACAGGGAGAAUACCCAGACUCCACAGACAGUUGCAUGGAAAAAUUUGAGCUUGUCAACUUUGGUGGGAGCAACAGAAAUGUAUUAGAGUGGAGAGAAACUGCAGACUGCUGAAGUACAGAGGGAGCUGGGUGUCCUUGCACAUGAAUCAUAAAAAGUUAGCAUUCUGUCUCAGCAAGUAAUUAGGAAAGCAAAUCGAUUGUAGUGCUUAUUGCAAGGGGGCUGGAUCUUAAAAGUAGGGAAGUCUUUUUGCAGCUAUACCGGUGAGGUGGGACCCACAGCAGUGUGCAGUUUUGCUGUUAUUUAAAGAGGGGAUACACUUGCAAGCUCAGAUGAGAUUCACUAGGUUAACUCCUGGAAUGGAGCAUUUGUGUUUUGAGACAAGGUUGAAUGAGAUGGGCUCGUUCCAAUUACAGUUAAGAGAAAUGACAGAUGAUCUUAUUGAAUGUGUAGGAAUCUGAGGGGACUUUGACAGGGCAGGGGCUGAAAGCCCAUUUCCCUUUUGGAGGAGAGUCUAGAAUUUGGGAGCACAGUUUCAGAAUAAGAUAUUCUCCCAUUUGAACUGUACAUUUUAUUCUCUGAGGGUCAUUAAUCUUGGAAAUUCACUGUCUCAACAGCAGUGGACAUCGAGUAAAUGAAUACAUUGAAGACUGAGUGGACAGAUUUUUGAUUGAGUAGGGAAGUCAGAGCUAUUGGAGACAGGGAAAGUGAAGUUGACUGCGGGGAAAGUGAAGUUGACACUGCAGUCAGAUUGUCAAUGGUCUUCUCGAUUGACCAAGCGGGCCAACUGGCCUGUCCUAUUUCUUUACAUUCUGGUGAGAUUUCCAAUUUGUCUUCAAUGAUGAAUAAUUGAACAGAAGGCUGGUCUGGGCCUGUACUUAUGGAAAGGAUAGGCUGCUGCAGCUGGCAAAACGCCAUUUCAGAAUGACACCUUUAACCCGGUCAUCUAAUGGAUUGAAUUUGGAUUUAGGGCCAUGUGGGAAGAUCACAAGGAUACAGUUGCCACUUUACUUACUGGAAAUGUGUUUCGUUUAAGCCAAAGGCAUCAAAUGUUGCUUGAUUAUAUUAUGUAUGGUUUGUAUUAUGUAUGCAGCAUUUUAGCAGUUCAAUUCUUUUAUAGAUACUUGACUGAGAAAAAUUUACAAUCAUUUAACCUUUCAUAUAUUCCAUAAAGCAAUGUUUCAAUGGACAAACUCAUUUUCUUCAGAAAAUCUUUUCCAUAUUUAAUACCCUCCUUUGUGUCUAGCCUGCAGCCAAGGAGCUGAAUAAUGAACAUUCUAUAGUUGGCCUUUCUGUAAAGUUUCUAACACUAAUUUGAAAUUUGAAAUCCUUUGACCUUUUGUGGCAAAUGCUUUAUGCCUCAUAGGCAUGUCUUCCUUUCAUUGUCAAGUGCAUAUUCAUAUUUUUUUAAGUGGGACAACAAAAAAGUAAAUGUUUUCAAUAAUUUGCAAGGCACAAACUUCAAACUGUCUUCAAAUCAAAGUGUUUCCACCAUCGUACCUUCACACAUGAUAAUUGCUUCACUCCCUUUCCCCUCUCCCUGGUAAUGAGAGAAAAAGGACACCAGCAAUGAAGCCUACCCUUUAUCCAUAACAUUCACCAGAGUCCAUCAUCUUUAUCACUCAAUAAAGGAUGGGAGAGGGAGAGUUCUCACUUAUCCCUCCCAGUUACUGAGAUUCCUGAAACUGCAUCCACCAGGUGACAAAAAUGUUUACAUGUCAUCGUUCUUUAGAAAACAAAUUAAGUUAUGCUGUGUAUUGUUACACUCUUUAGCAGUUUGAAUCAGGAUAGCCAUGUCAAAAUCAAUGGUGUGGCAAUACUUGUCACGAUAGGCAAGGAGGAAAUAGGCAUUCUUUAAACAGGGUUAUUCUCACGGAUUCUGCACACUGUUUAACAUUUCCGAGAUGCUGUUAUUAAUAUUUUCAUCAUGGUCCUUAGUUUAAUAUAGUUGUUUAAAGCAACUGCAUUGUGGGUACUGUUGCCAGCUAAUGGAUUGAAUUCAGACUGAGGCCCACGUGGGAAGGUCACAGGAUACAGUUGCAGUGGACAUCACUUGCUUAAACUUUACUUUUCAGGCUCUUGUCUGAAAUAUUCAGCUGUGAAUAAACUUCAUUCAUUGGUUUCACUUCCUCUAAUGACUGUGCUAGCAACAGGGACUGCCCAGUGCUAAUCAAUAACCACAGAGGGAGGUGGGAAAUCCCAAAUUCUAUACUGUUUGACACAAUCUCACCAUAUGCUGGUGUUGUGAUGGAUCGUGGUCCCUUCAAUCCAAAGGCGAGGGGGGGAACAAAGAUGGAUUUGUUUGAUCGUUCUGUGCCUGAUCCUGGAAAUCAGUUGGAAUCCAUCUGCAUUGAGAAAUUAUCAUUUUGUGAAAGGGAGACUAAGUCCAGGUGGUCCGCUGGAUCUUUCAAAACAGCAGCCUGUUUUUAUGUGUCACCUAUAAUUUAUAACUUGACAAAACACUCCAGAACACUUCCAUGGAGCAUUAUAAAUCAAUUUCACACUAAGACAUAUAGGGACAUUAGCACAGGUGGCCAAAAGUAUGAACAAAAAGGUGGGCUGAAGGAGCCUCUUGAAGCAGAGAAGUGUGACAAUGAGGUUUACACAAGGAUGGUACCAGAGUUUGGGUUCCAGGCAGCUGAAGGCACAGUCACAUAAUGGAAUGUUUAAAUUAAUCGUUACCAAGAAAUAAGAAUUUGAGAUAUCUCAGGAUUGUAGGCCAGAGGAGAAUGAGGAUAGGGAGGGGUGAGACCUCGAGGGAUUUGAAAAUAAGGAUGAGAAUUUUAAAAUCAAGACACUGCUUAGCUGGGAGCCAAUGUGGAUCAGUGAACACAGGGCUGAUGGUGAUUGGACUUGGUGUGAAUUAAGAUAGGAGCAGCAGAAUUUUGGAGGACUUCAGGUUUUCUAAGAACAGAAUUUUGGACUUUGCUAAGUGUGCAUUGAAAGUGUCCAGUCUAGAGGUAACACAAGACGUCUACAGACCAGAGAUUUCUGCAUCAGUUGGUUUGAGACAAGAUGAGAGUCAGCUGAUAUUAGAGAGUUGUGAAGAGGUUGUCCUGGUAUAUAAUGGAAAAUUAGAAUGCUUUCUUUGGAGAGAAGAGAAAUGCAUUGAAAAGGUGGCAGGAGGGCCCCAUCCUUCUCAACAGCUCUAACUUACGCACAUUUCAUCUCUUUUCUCUGAGACGAAAUAGAUCACUAUUUCCGGCUAGAUCUAUUCUUGAUUUUAAGGCUCUGAUUGAUGGAUUUUUGUCAAAUGGGUUAAGGGAUGGGAGGUGUUGGUGACUGUAUGGAGUUAUAGCACAGAUCAGCUAUAAUAUCAUUGAAUGGAUGAAGAUCUGAAGACAGUUUAAUAAAAUCCUCCUUGUUUAAUUGCCCUGUACUGAUUCAAAUAUUUUGAUGGAUUUGUUUUGUCUCCGGGGGAACAAUGAAAACCUCUGUCUAUUUUCUAUCAUUGUGUCAACGUAUGGACUAAUAGAUAAUGAAAAUAUAAAUUUACAAAGCCUGGUGAGUGGUGUGUUUUGUAUUGAUGUCAGAAAUAAGUUUUCUUCCUUUUCACUUGCACACCGAAACAAACUGCCACCUUCUGUAAAAUUACUUGUAUACUCUUGUAUUGCUGAUACUUAUUUUUCAAACGUACAGUUUCU